CCACCUCUCUGUAUCUCUCCUCCUCCUCCUCCUCCUCCUCCCUCUGUCUCCCUUCUACACAUCUCUGGCCUCCUCUACAUCAGGGAGUGGAUUCCAGCUACAUCUCAGUGACAAGGACUUCUCCCCAGCGGUGACACUCAGCAGGUGCUGACAGACCCGGCAGAACAGAGCCAUCACCAUCACAGGAGGAAGGACCUAGAGCUUCUAUCUGGGAUAGGUUGCUAUUAAAUGGCUGAUAAACAAAUCAGUUUGCCCGCCAAGCUUAUAAAUGGAGGAAUAGCAGGACUCAUCGGCGUAACUUGCGUCUUUCCCAUUGAUCUAGCUAAGACUCGACUACAAAACCAACAAAAUGGCCAAAGAAUGUACACCAGCAUGUCAGACUGCCUUAUUAAAACUAUACGUUCAGAGGGAUAUUUCGGCAUGUAUAGAGGUGCUGCUGUGAACUUAACCCUUGUUACACCAGAAAAGGCGAUUAAAUUGGCUGCUAAUGAUUUCUUCAGACAAUCGCUGUCCAAAGAUGGGAAGAAGCUGACUCUGUUAAAGGAGAUGCUUGCUGGUUGUGGAGCAGGAACAUGUCAAGUAAUAGUCACUACGCCCAUGGAGAUGCUGAAAAUCCAGCUACAAGAUGCUGGACGACUGGCCGCCCAGAAAAAGUUGAUGGCCAGUCAGGCUGGACAAAAUGGCGCAGCGGUGGAGGCCAGCACAGCACGACCGACUGCCAUAGCGAUUUCCAGGGAACUUCUAAAGAGCAAAGGCAUUGCCGGACUGUAUAAAGGCUUGGGAGCCACUUUACUAAGGGAUGUGCCCUUCUCAAUUAUUUAUUUCCCUCUGUUCGCCAACUUGAACAAACUCGGUCAGAAGACGCCGGAUGAGAAGUCCCCCUUCUUUGUGUCAUUCCUUGCAGGUUGUGCGGCAGGGAGCAUUGCUGCGGUUGCUGUUAACCCUUGUGAUGUGAUAAAAACCAGAUUGCAGUCAUUACAGAGGGGUGUGAAUGAGGACGUAUACUCAGGAAUCCUAGACUGUGCCAGGAAGAUCUUGCGGAAGGAGGGUCCUGCUGCUUUCCUGAAGGGGGCCUACUGCAGAGCUCUGGUCAUCGCUCCACUCUUUGGAAUCGCACAAGUUGUUUAUUUUAUAGGAAUUGGGGAAUUUCUGCUGAGUUUUUUACCCUCCAAGCGCGAUUAAUGACAACCAUCAGAUUGCACCCCCUUUAGCUCCCUUACUUUGGCUCUUCUCGCCAAUCCUUGAUCAUGGAUUCUUCCUGCCCCUGCCUAUUUAUUGGUCAUGGGUUUACACAGCGGAAGACCCUCUUCUUUUACCAGCACUGUGGUAUGGUCCAAAAGUGUUAAGAUUACUUGCAGAACCUCUCCGCAACUUACCUAGCUUUCCUUACUUCAAGGAAUGAAACCAUGAAACCAAAAUGGGCACAACGGUAACAAUUCUAAAGGGAUCUGCUUCAGGCAAAUUUAACUCCAGACUUGCUGGAACAGAUUUUGAAGGUCUUUGUCUCAGAACGUACAAUUGUAUCAUUAGGUUUGCUGGGCUGCCUAAUCCCGCAACACACCGGUCUCAUGGCCAUAUUCACAUGAUAAAUUGUAGAAUGUGUAUUUAUUGGUAAUAUAUUGAAUGUCUGACCAUAUAUGUGAGCAUUCAAGGUAACUACGAUUAGAUUCCUUAUCAUUUGUAUAUAUUCCAGAUGGCUUAUUCAGGUUACAUAUCCUUUGUCACUUUUAUAGAUUGUUCUUUACCAAAAUCUGACCGCAUAGCUAAACAAGCUUUGUAAAUGAUCAGAUUAAGAACACUCUUAAGUUUUCUGCCUUGUAAAGACUGAUCCAAAAUAUCCCACUUAUACAGUGGUCCCUCAAGUUACAAUAUUAAUAUCAAUACUAAUAUUAAGUGAGAAUUAAAGAAAAAGUAGAUAACUAAUAUAGAUAAAGCAAAUCAUUACACAUAAAAGUAAGAAAGAUCUGCUGGGAGCUGUAAAUCACUGUCUAUGUCAGUGUUUCCCAAGCAGGGAGCCUCCAGC